UUUUCGUUAUCUGUGAAAAAAACAGCAUACGAAACGAGCAUUUUGCAUACCUCAUCUUUAUGUCAUUUCUCGACAUCGCGCUGACGUGAUUACAAAUUGAAUAUUUAUGUAUGAUACGUACGAAUUCAUAUCCGACACUCAUCGUUUCAGCAAUGUGUCGAUUAAUCGGCCACAUUUGUCGCCACAUUCAAACCGUGUAGAAUUCUAUGACACCGUACUGUUUAUCAUCACAUAAUAUAUGAAACAAUAAAAUUACGUCACACACAUAUAUAUAUCACGUAUAUUAAUCGCAUGCGACGAUGUAAGUUGUAACGCGCCUGUAUGUUGAAAAAAAUCGGCAAUCAACACGACGACUGCCUCACUAUUACUUUCUUGACCCUGAACAUCACGACGUAUAAGAGCGGUCGAGCGCGAACCGGUCUUAUUUUCGGUUGUUUUUCGGUGCCGAACAGGCCGUUUGAUUUUCUGCAUCAUCCUCUGGUAGUUUUACGCGUUAGCAGCUGAUAGAAUCGUAUCGAUACGCCAGGCGCAUCAUGUCAGAAAAUUGUUUUUUAUCGGAUUUAAAGGAAAUCCCAUGCAUGAAAAUCGGCAACCGAAUAUUUGAGAUCGAAUUAAAUCCUCCUCCUUCAGAAUUGCAGGAAGUAGCCAAAAAGGAGCUCAGAGAAAAUCCCGAACUUCAAAAAGAGUCAGUAGCACGCUUAAGAGAAUUAUUAAAAGCCGAGAUCGAUCUCAAAAGCCCGUUCCACAACGAUGCCUGGCUGAUCAGGUUUUUGAGGCCAUGCAAGUAUUAUCCCGAGUCGUCGCUCCAGCUUAUCAAGCAAUAUUACAACUUCAAGGCACGGCAUUCAGUCUUUGAUAAUCUCAAGCCGAGCAGAGAAAAGAAUAUAUUUGAUCAGAAUAUCUUGACGGUGCUGCCCAUUCGCGACCAAUAUGGUCGACGCAUGCUAGUAGUUGAAAUCGGCAAGAAGUGGAAGCACAAUAAGUGCAGUCUGGACGAGAUCUUCAAGGGAUGCGUGCUGUAUCUGGAGGCUGCCAUGCUGGAACCGAGCACGCAGAUCGCCGGUGCGGUUGUCAUCUUCGACAUGGACGGUCUCACCCUUCAGCAAGCCUGGCAAUUCACCCCGCCGUUCGCCAAGAGACUAGUCGAUCUGCUUCAGGAGGCGAUGCCACUGAGGAUCAAAAAUCUGCACAUCGUGAACCAACCAUACGUAUUCAACAUGGUGUUUGCUCUGUUCAAGCCAUUCCUGAAAGAGAAAUUUAAGAGUAGGAUCAUUUUCCACGGCAGCGACCGAAAAUCAUUGCAUGGAUACAUAUCGCCGAAGUGUCUGCCGGCGAAUUAUGGCGGUACCCUGGACGUACCUUUGAUAGAUGGACCCACGUGGUACAAAAUGCUGAUCCAGUGCGAAAAGGAAUACGAAGCCAUCAACGAGUAUGGUUAUAAAAAGAAAUAACUCGUUAAAUUUAUCACAAUUAAAAAUAAGUAUUUAGAUUCAAAUUAUUGGAAAAUAAUUAAAGAAGCAAUAUUUCGUGAUGUGAGAUGUCAUAUUAGGAAUUACGACGAUCAUUAUAGAUCAUUUUUCUUUACUCGUCGAAACCGACGAGUUAAGCCUUGCUCACUUUGUAAUUUUAUUUGUAACAUGUUGUUAUAUAUACGUAAGUCUUUUUCUACUUCUUCCUUUGACUAGACAGUAUUGUAAAACAGAUUACCAAUUUAUAAGAUUAAGCCAAAAGUUGCGAGAAAUGACGUAAUGCAUCGCAUUAUAUAUUUCUUGUACUUUCUUUACAAUUUUGAUACUACAAGACUCACAAUCUGUUAAUAGAUAUCUGUGAUCUCAUCUGAGAUACAUAAUAUAAUUAUCUGAUGUGUGUGAUUAGAUUAUUAUACAUUCCAUAUAUUUUGUAUACAGUAAA